CAGAACAAUCAUAUGACGUAUGACAACGUAAUUUUUAUUUACUUUCUUGCCUACUUUCUACGACAAAAUACACUGGAAGCUUGAUCCAAAAUUUGCUUCAAAUUGUUACCUAUCAUCUUUGCAGAUCUGCAUUAGGAUAAAUGUAUUUUUAUCAGUAACUAUUUAAUUGAGGGAUUUUUAAUACGUUCGGUUGGUGAAAGGUGGAUGUAUUUGACAAUUAACAAGAGGUGAUAAAGUAUAAACAUUGGGGGAAUUAAAAAUUUUACAGCAUUUAUGUUGCACUCGUCGCAAAUUGUAGAAUGCCAUGUCGUUAACAAAUACUAGUUCAACUGUAACAGAUGAGGAAGUUUCCAGAAGUAAUUUGAUAGAGAAAAUUUUGUUUCAUGGUCACAGACUGAGAAAUGCAAUAGCUCAGUCAAUUUUAGAUCAUGACCCUUUUAAUACAGAAAUAUUUGAUGCUUUCCAUGCAAGUAGCCUAGUCACAUCUAGAUUACGAAAAAGAAUUCCCUCUCAAUAUAAUAGUUCAAACAAUGGACUCCUAGAUAUUGAGAAAAAGAAGAUGAAACCCUUUUUGAAAGGUGAUUCCAUGAAUCAACAAGAUCAAGUUGAAGCUUUGGAAACAUUGAAGUUCAUGUCCAGUGAAGAUAUAUAUAAAACUACCAAUGAAGCAUAUAAAUGCACCUGUUCAACAUGCCUAAAAUAUGAUGAACAUGAUCUGAACAGAUUCCAGAAUAAUUUGAAUAGUAAGGAGCCAGAAAAAACUAAACAAUCAAAAAUAAUUCCAUACAAACAGAGAGAGGUUGAAGUUUCAAAAUAUUUUAAAUACAUAGAUUGUUUACAAAUUUCAAUACAUGAUAUAAUAUUGAACGAAAAUGGAAAUAAAAAAAUGAAUUCAUAUUUGACAGCUGAUAAAAAAAGGUUACAUCGGGAAAGUCAGACAGUUUUUGUAGAUUACGAGUUACCUUUCAUUUUAUCUAUAUCAACAGCUUCCCAGAAAAUUAGAAAAUCAGUAACUAAUAUAAAUAAUAACAAUGUUGUACGUAUGUGUGCCCGGAGAAUUUCUAAUAAAGCGGUGCAUUUCAAACAUACCUCUGUGCAUAAUAUCAGAAAUGUGGAACAUAUAAGUUUAGAAGGCAUCAAAUUGAAGUUUCAGAUAACAUGUAGAUCAAUGAAACAAAAAAAUUCCACACCACUAGGAUAUGCACAGUUUGAUUUUGCAAAUUUUGAAUCAUCUCCUACCUUAACCUGUACAGAAGAAUUACCCAUCAAUUUUGACGAUACUGUGCCUAUUAUACUUGGGAAUUUACAUGUCACUUUGCAGAUGGGAUAUGGUAGACUUUAUUUUGGAAAUGAAUUCAUAGCUUGUUUCGAAGAAACACAAAAGCAAUCUUCAUUACCAACAACAAAUAAUGAUAGAUUAUUCACUUCAGAUGAAGUCCUGCAUAACUCGAAUAUUCAGAAUAAAGAAGGUAUUGGAAGGGAAAUAAUUGCUCCCAAGAUUUCCCAAAAGGACAAAAUUGAUGAAGAAGUAGAGUUAGGAUUGAAUAGGCAGAAACAAGUACUCCCUAUAACUAAAACUGUCCUCUUUGGAUUCAUAUAUAUACCAGAGGCUCAAUACACGAAAGCUGAUAUAAACUCAUUUAUUACAUGCAGACCAUUUUGUCAGGAAGAAAAAUGUCAUAGCCAACUAGUGAGGAAUGAGACAAAGCCAAUUUUCAAUUUCUGGCAGCUAGUACCAUUGAUUUAUGAUGAGGGGUUAUUACAAACAUUCCGAGAUAAUUUUAUGGUGAUUGAAUUUUGGGAAGAAUUAGAAACAGAAAAUAUUUUUCUUGGUGUUACCAAACUACAGUUGAACCAAUUUUAUUUUGCAUAUCGAAAUGCAGAUAUAACAAAAUAUCUACUGAAAAACAAGUUACCAGUAAUAUCUUCUGAUUGGUGGGAAGAAAUAAUCAACCCGUGCACCAACGAGUUAGUUGGACAAGUUCAAGUACUCCUCGCCCUUGGAACCGAAGAACAAAUUCGUAAUUUACAGUUAGAUAGAGGGUUUAAUACACACUCAGUGAAGGCUAACUACCAAACUCCUUUGAAAAAAAAUAAAGGUCAGCAUUCCAAACAGUUCAUCUUUGAAAAAUCAAAGGCUCUUAUCAACAAGAAGAAAAUUCAAGCAAGUACAACAGGGAAAGUGAAUUAUAAAAGUACGGUGAAAGCUAUCACGGCCACACAAAAAUUCCCUAAUAAAAGUACAAAAGAUCAAGGUGUGCAGUUCGAUAUCGAAAUGAAUUCAGAAAAACCAAUCAAAGAAAAAGCAUUAGAGAACGAGAAGUUACAACAAAUUUUGAAUCAUUUGAGAACAAUGAGAAACCAACAACAUGUAGCUUUGAAGGAUAAAGAAAUAAACACAGAUGAUGAAAAUAAGCUGAAAUCUAGUGAGCAAGUUAGCUCUUUAGAUUCAUGGACUGGGCAGAAAGGUGCCCAAGCAAUUCCAGAAGAUGUAAAUUUCAAUGCAGCAAAUUCGAGCCAGCAAUACCAAAGCAUGUCUCCAUUAAUCAGAAGUACUUCCGAUUUGCUCAACACCCUAAAAGCGGCCUUGUCUCUUCCUCCACCUCCACCGGUGUCUCCACAAAGCGAUCAUCGAAAAACGCAACAGAUCUAUGAAGACACACCUGAAAAAAAAUCCCCUAGUUCUUUCAAAGUACACAUUGCAAUAAAUCAAGCCAUGCAUUUGGCAGUUCGUAAAAAAUCUAAAGUGAAGAAAAAUAAAGGAAAAACCAUGAAAAUGGAGGAUAACGUGAAACCAAGUACAUAUGUUACGUUCGAAACUAUGCCUGGUCUUGAUUUGAAAAUGUCUCCUUUAGUACAAAAGUCGACAAAUCCUCUAUGGAAUUAUAAGUGUGAUGCUCUUUUACCAUCAGAUUUACUGACAGAUAACAAGCAACGUUUGAUUUUCAAAGUUUGGAGGAAAUCUACUAACACCAACAUGAUACCAAAUUUGCAGACUGAUUCAAUAAUCGGUUUCGCAGCAGUUGAUCUAACAGUACUCUUGUCUGGAUUGCCAAAUGUUAAGGGAUGGUUCAAUAUAAUCGAUCUUUCAUCAAAAUGUAAUGGGCAAAUUAAUAUACAUAUUACUCCUUUGGAAGAUUUGGCAAUUUUUCGGACACAUACAGACUUUCCCCUCAGUUGUACAUCCACUAUUGUGAACACUCACUAUCCAAAAAAUUCAUAUCCAACUGAAAUUUCAUUUCUAUCUCCCGAUUGCCCCGACGAUCAUAGCUAUGAAGAUGAAGCAGACGGUGAGCUUUUGAGUAGAGCUCUGAAGAGACAAUUUGCAGAAUUAGAUGAAAUAACUCAGAGAUUACGUUUACGAUUAUCUUUUGUUACCAAGGAAGAAACGGAAGAGGAUGAUGACGAAAUAGCCGAACAGUUCGAAAAGGAUAUAAACACUUUGUCCAUAGAGGAGGAUUUUGAUAUGGUGAAUUUCGAACAUGAGGUUUCAAAUAACGCUCCUCAGAUUUCCGAUCUUCUGAAAAUAGAAUGUUCUAGCGAAUCCAGUAACGAACAUACCAGUGUACAUAAUGCUUUAUCCAUUUCAACAGCAGAAACAAAUGUUGACAGAGAAGUUGAAGAUAGCUUAAGUAUUCUGGAUAGACAACUUCUGAUAGGGAAACACAGGAUCGAUACUCUGCUAGGAAAACUUAGUUUGAUUUCCGGUGAUAUGAACAAUUCAAGAUAUAUAUCAGGAUGUCCAGGAUCAAACUGUGAAGAAUCUGCAAAUAUUGAUACUGAGGCAAUUCUGGAAGAUCUCAAUCGCAAUUCUCGUCCAAAUAUACACGCCAGUACAAGUUAUGAUAAGGCCAUGUUCCAACAAAUCUAUGAAUAUCCUAAUAACGAAGAUGGAUGUAACCUCUCUAGUAAUACGAGUGUUAUAUCCCAUUUAGAGGAAUCCAGACCUACACCUGAUGGUGAAGGUACCCUUUCAGAAGAAUUGAAGAAUAUGCCGAUGUAAAUGAAAAUGUUUUGGAACCUGAAAAAUGUAUCACUGAUUUUGUUCUGACUGUUCAACUUAUUGUCAAUAUUUAAAAACUGUAUUGUCAAGUUCUAUAGAAGCUCCUAAUGGGUAAGGUAAAUAUUGAUUUCUAUAUGACAAAAUAAAGGUAACACUGAUAUAAAUAAAGGAUUUCGAAUAACUUCUGCUAAGUAUGUGCUUUAGCGAAUCAAUUCCGAUAUACUCACCUAUUCAAUAUAUAUGAUAGACAAUGAUUCAAUCCGCAUUUUCAAUAUUUGACUUAAAUAUGCUUGAUGAAUUUGUUUCAGCAAUAAAUUAUUUUCAGAAGU